AACUUUGCUUGCAAACAUUCCCCACCCUCCGUCUCUAGGAAAGGAAACAGCACAUCUCUUCCCAAAUCGCCAUUGGCACCUCCUCCGCACGGCCACUCCUCGAUUCCCUUCUCUCUCUCACACACACAUACGGCCGCACUUCCCAGCCACUGAAUCGGCGGCGGGCGAACGGAGCUUCAUGGGUGUCCUCUCGGCCGGGGCGAGCUGGGACGCCAAGGACGACUUGCUGCUCAAGAACGCCGUCGAGAUGCUGGUUCUCGUACGCCGGUGGGUUGGUCCGUUGCGCGUGUGGUUGCAUAUUUUGGAGGCUGGUGCGUCGUUGGAAUCCUUGGCUAAAGGAGCUGUAUGCUUUUCCUGCAAAUUCACUCUUCAAGAAUUGCAGGAUCGUUGGCGCUCGUUGCUAUAUGACUCAGUGACCUCAGCACAGGCAUCUGCUCGCAUAGUUGAGUUUGAGACGGAGCUUUCAACUUCCAGUCCUGGCAAAACAGUUAAACUUUUCAACUCAAAGGGAAAAGGUUUAUCACUGCGCAAACGGAAAAUAGAUAGUGUAAAGCUUCAGUAUUAUUCAAGGAGAAAGAGAGUUUGCCAUGAACCAUGUUUGCCUGCAAAUUUUGGUUAUGCUGUUGCACCCUGUUCAUGUAUUCCAGUUGGUAGCAGUUGUGUAUGUGGUGGAGUACUUAAACCUUCAGAAGGCAAUGAUUUGGUUCAUAGAAUUGAUUCUGCAGGAACUUUUGUAAAUAGCUAUCAACAUAUAGAAGAAAGCUAUGGCAGGGAACAAGAUGUACAUCACAAAGAUAAUCAAAAUUAUGUAUUCCAUCCAAAUCAUGCUAGUGCUUCUGGGAGCAUAUUAAUAGAUGGAAACAUCAAUGAUGAAAGCCUGCAUGGCUGUUCUGAUGUAGGUCAGCUGUAUAUAUGUGACAACAUGGAAAAGAAUCCUCGGUCAAGCGAAAGGAAAAUUGCCCCUCUAAAAGGACUCUCUGAUCUCCAGGAUUACGCACACUCCCAGCAACCACUUUUUGGUGAUCACUGUGGAAAUGGAUCGACAGGAUCGAAGAUUCUUCUAGAUACUGAUCAAGAUGGAGUAGAACAGAACAAGGGAAGAUUGCAAUACUCAGGCUUGUUCAAAGCGAGUAGGCAACAGUUGUGUUCGAGGUCACCUAGCAUACAUACUUGGAGUAAGUUUGAAGGUUCUAAUUCACCUGACAUGCAGAUAUAUGUGCAUAAAAAGGAACAAGAACAUAUUACCUUUUUUUGUGACAAGAAAAUGGAAGUAACUAGCAGUGACACCUUCGCAUGUCUAGUGAACAUUAAUAAUGGAAUAUCUAAUUCUGGUUUAGACAAUGCAUCAAUAUCAGGAAGUGAUUCCAUGCAUGACCGUUCAGUGAGUUGCAGUCUGAGCCAAGACUUUGAGCUCCUCAAUGGCAAGAAAAUUCCUGAUUCUGCUCUUGAUACAAAUCACGAAGAAUGCAGCGAUCUUCACACUGAAGUUGUUACAGAAGACAUCUCCAGAGUGCACCUUCCGGACCUCUCCGAUUCUAAUGUAAGAAAUACAUGUGAUAGUCACAUAGACCCAAUCCAUAAGAAACAUAGCAAGACUGAUGUUUAUGGAACCGACAUGGUACCUACCUCAUCACAAGUGCCUCAUCCUGGUUGUAGUAUUGAGUGCAGAUUGAACACCGAAGAUUCUGAAAUUCCUUGCAAUGAUGAUGCGUUGAUGCCUGGCCAGCCUCCUUUAGAAUUCAUCUCUACCUGCGAUCAGAAGUCCCAACAUAGCACGUGUUUGGUUUCCACUGAACCCGCUCCUUCAAAAAAUGUUAUUGAUUCCAAUCAUACCGACUCAGUGGUAGAUGUCCAACCUUCAUCAACAGCAAUGAAGAUGGUAACAUCCACCUUUGAACAAAAGGAAAAUAUGGUGGCUUCAAAUGAAGCAUAUAUCAUAGGAAGUAGGCCACCUGUCAUACUUGGUGUUGGUACUGAUAAUGCAAUUAUGUGCAUGCCAACUUUCCUCUCGGCUGCUGAAUUUAGUAAAGAAACAACCUGUGGUUUAGUGCAACAUGAAUGUGUUGGUAACUUUCGGAAUCUGACUUUGCAUAUGCCAAAUCAAGUGUCCGCUCAAAAGAAUUCCAAGUUUCUUGCUGAUAAGCCAGACAUGGGCUGUGAGACUGCUAUCCAAAACUCUCUCUCGUCACAUGCACUGCUAGAUAUAAAAUUUCAAAAUCCAAUUGCAACCAUGUCCAGUUCAGACCAAGCGGAAGGAGGAUCUGACAUUGAGAAUAGUGUUCCAAACUAUUUUGACAUAGAAGCUUUGAUACUUGAUCAAGAUCUAAUUCCAUGGGAUGAAGAAUCUGAUUUCGUCCAACCUGAAGUUUCAAGGUUUCAGCACCUUGAAAGCAGGAAGAAGUUGAUAAGAUUAGAGCAAGGCGCUCGUUCUUAUAUGAACAGGUCUAUCAUGUCCCAAGGUGCUUUUGCAAUUAUUUAUGGCCGAUAUCUGAAGUACUACAUAAAGGAUCCUGAGGUAACUCUUGGGAGAGAAACAGAAGAGGUACAUGUGGACAUUGAUCUGGCAAAAGAAGGGAAUGCAAAUAAAAUAUCCCGUCGACAGGCAGUUAUCAAGAUGGACGCAGGUGGAUCCUUCCACAUAAAGAACAUUGGAAGAUAUCCAAUCUUUGUUAAUGGCAAAGAAGUACCAUGUAAUAAGCGGAUCAACUUAAUUUCUGAUGCAUUACUUGAGAUAAGGGGCAUGAAAUUCAUUUUUCAUGUCGAUCCGGAUGCUGUAAGGCAACACAUCAUUCUCGCUAGUAGAGGAAGCUCUGAAGGCAAGAAGUCAGCAUUUGAUUGGGACCAAAACCCAUGACUUAAGGACUUGAGGUUAUGAGCAAAGUUCACAUGGAUGAUGUUGAUCACUAAUUUAUACUCCCUCGGAUAGAACACCACCAUCUUUCUUGGCUUCAUCCUUUAUAUCUAUAUUCCAUGCCUCUCCCAAGUUAAUAGGUUCAUAUCUUGUUCUUCAGAUGUGGAGUAAAGUAUAGUGCCACAAUUCUCUGUAUAUCCAGACCAGUUUCUUCUGAGUAAGCUCUUUAUCUGACAGAAGGUGAUGUAACCCCGUUGCUUAAUGUUUUUUCAUGCUCAGGAAUGAGUGUCAUGUCUUGUGGAUUCCUACAGGAAUUUCGCAAAUUUGUUGUUUGGAUA